AUGGAGGUCAGCAACGCCUCGGACACGAAUCGUGUCGAACAGGCAGGCCUUGAGCCGACUUUUGAUAGAGAAGCAGCCGCACCCGAAGUACUUCCGACUUACCUCUCCCGUACACCUUCUCGACACUCUCACCACAGCCCAGAGCCAUACUACGGAUCUACAUACAUCGACAGUAAACCAGGACAGGAAACAGACGAUGGCCAUAUCCCCGCUUGGUCUCAAGAGCCGGGGACGCGGAAGUCCAAGACCUACUGUGGGCUCCGGAGGCGGACCGUCAUCGCGAUUGCGGUCAUCUUGACUGUGUUAGUGAUCGUAGCCAUCGUUGUUGGAGCCGUGCUAGGAGCGAAGUCGAGCGGAGGCAGCGGAGACAAGACGCAAGGGAACAGCUCUGUGUCGCCGCUGGUCAUUCGCGACGGAGGUGGCCUCGCCACCGUAACGGCUUCGAGUGCUGUCUUCGCCUAUUACCAAGCCGAGAAUGGCUCGAUCAUUGAGAGCCGGAUGGCCAAUGACACGGACUGGCAUGUGCAAAGCGCAAUUGCGACACAAGGCGCGGCACCUGGAACAGCCAUAGCGGCUUCGAGCAUAACGCUAUACGGCACAUCUUACGCUCUGGUCUUCUACACAGAUAACGAUGGCGAGAUCAUGAUGACUAACCGCACGUCCACUUCUCCCGAGCAAUGGUCCGAGCCGAUCAGUGUUCUCUCAAACGAUGGCACACAACCAGGUACAUCUGCGCUCCAGGUGAACCUAUAUCCUGGCUUCGGCGAAGAUCCAGUCACGAUUCGAGUAUACUACGGCUCUGCAACACCCGCCCAAGGAGUUCGAGAACUGGGUAUGGGCAGCGAUAAUGAUUAUGCGGUGGCGUCAUGGAAUGGGUUUGCCAAAUUCAGCUUCCUGAACCAGAGUGAUCCGAACAGCGGCGUGGGAGCCACCAGCUUGAACGAUUUGGCACGGCUGUACGUCCGGAAUAGUACGACCGGCUACCUAGCUCAAUGGGCUCUGGGCUGGGGCACAGAGGUCGAGGGAUGGUGGCAGAAUUACGUCUUCUAUCAGAGCAUCACCGGUACCCUCGUAUGCGCCAUCUCAGCUUCUGAUCGCGGGUUCACAAGCUUUCACGUACUAUCCGAAGCAACGCCUGCAGACAGCACCAAGUUGCACGCUUGGUACGACGACGACAGCGAUGGUGAGGAUGGCGAUGGAGGAGCAACACUGUUCUACCAGGAUAGUGGAGCUCAAGCGGCGUUGAAGUACCUCAAGAUUCGUCGUACCGGGGAGGUGCAAGCAAUUGGAAGUGUAAGAAGUUCAGGUUGA